UGACAACAAUCGAUAACACGUAUCGAAAGCACACCUGCUUGUAUUUACAUCCCUAGCGGCAGAAAAGUGCAGAAAAAUUUGUGAAAAUUUUUAAAUGCAAAGUGAAAAAAGUGUAAUACACGUAAUUUGUGUGCAAUGGAAACCAGUUUAGACGAGAGCAUGGACAGUGAGCGGGCCAGUUCGCCGGUAGACUUUCAGGAAGAGAAUCAAUCUCCUCCAGGAGUCGCCCUGAACAUCAAUGGCAAUGGCAGUGCCAGUGCCAGUGCCAGUCAAGAGGGGCCGAACGGCGUUGCUAUAGCGAAGGAAAAACCGACCGAUGUCACUUGGAGUAAACCUUUUAAUGCAUUUAGUGGCCGCCCCAUCGGCGAGCACUCGGCCCAGCAGCAGACGCUGCAACAGCAGGCGCUACAACAACAGCAGCAGCAACAACAACAGCCACCGACACACCACCAACAGAUGCCUCCUCCAGGGGCAAAUGGUGUGGCGGCGGCCACAUCAGAGAUUUGGGUGGAGACGAAGGCGGAGGAUGGACGCUCCUACUAUUACCAUGCGGUGACGCGCGAAACCACCUGGACACGUCCGGAUGGGCCCACUGUCAAAAUAAUGACCCAAACUGAGGUAGAAGAGAUAGCCAAGAGGCCGCCGAAUGCGGCUGUCAAGCCGGAUGUGAAAGCUGGCGAACCAUCUCUGGGCUCUGAGAUGGCAGCAGUACCCCAUCUGACAUCGCAGCCACCGCCUCAUCUGAUGAGCCAACCCCCUCCGAAUGCAGCCGGUCCGCUGCUGUCGCAGCCUCCGCCCAAUGUGCGACAACAGCCGCCGCCCAUGUUUCAACCUCCUGGGAUGCAGCCGCCUCCUGGUUUUGGCCAGCCGCCCUUCUGCAUGCCCCCGCCUGCAUAUGGCUUUCCGGGGGGUGCUGCUCCCGGUGGACCCUGGGGCGUGGGUGUGCCGCCAUGGCAGCAGCAACAACAGCAGCAGCAGCACAUGCACGCUCCGCCAGGCGGCCAGGAUAAGCCAGCCAAGACGCUGAUCAUCAAGCCAGGCGUCAUAGAUCCAGCGGUCAUUGCACGGGCAGCGGAAUGGUCCGAGCAUCGUGCUCCGGAUGGCAGGCCGUAUUAUUAUCAUGCUGCGCGCGGGGAGAGCGUGUGGGAGAAGCCGCAGGCUCUGAGGGACAUGGAGGCGGCCCGUAUGGCUGCACACUCCGGUGUGGCGCCAGCAGUUGGACCUCCAGGCGGAAUACCACCCCAUUUGCUGCCCAAUCCGAUGAUGCACAUGCCUCCGGGCACGGCGCCACCGGGAUUUGAUCCCCAAAUGGCGUAUGCGGCAGCUGCCGCCGCCAUGAAAGCGAACACCGAGAGUGCAAAGGCAUCGCAGGCAGCCGCCUUGGAAAAGGAGGCGAAGAAGGCGGCCGAAGAGAAGCGCAAGAAGGAGGAGGAGCAAAAGAAGCAAGCGGCGGCCACGGCCAAGCAGACGGACAAGUCUCGCCCAGUUACGAGCACCCCCAUUGCGGGCACACCCUGGUGUGUGGUCUGGACUGGCGAUGCUCGUGUCUUCUUUUACAAUCCCUCGACGCGGACUUCGGUCUGGGAUCGACCCGAGGAUCUAAUGAACCGUGAGGAUGUGGACAAGGCGGUCAACGAUCGACCCGAACAGCUCAAAACGGAGGAGGAAAAGUCCGCUGAAGCGGCAGAACAGAAGACCAACGAGGAAUCAGGAGAAGAGCUAGCCUCAGCCGUGGCCCAGGCGCAGGCACAGCAGCCGGACGUCCAGCACAUUGAACCGGAAGAGGAGGAUGACGAGGAGGUCAUAAAGAUUGGCACUGAAUCCGAGUCCAGUGUCGAGGAGGUCCCCACCAAGCGCGUGCGGAUGGGUAAGAAAAUGACAAAAUCGAAGCGGUCCGAGGAUGCUGCAUUGGAGGCCGAACAGAGGGCAGCCAAGGAGCGUGCCCUCAUUCCCCUGGAGAUGCGCGUCACACAGUUCAAGGAGAUGCUGCGGGAGAAGGAUGUGUCGGCGUUCAGCACGUGGGAGAAGGAGCUGCACAAGAUUGUCUUUGAUCCGCGGUAUCUGCUGCUCACAUCGAAGGAACGCAAACAGGUAUUUGAAAAGUAUGUCAAGGACCGGGCCGAAGAGGAGCGCAAGGAGAAGCGCAACAAGAUGCGACAGAAGCGCGAUGACUUCCGUAGCCUUAUGGAGGAGGCCAGGCUGCAUGGCAAAUCCUCCUUCUCAGAGUUUAGCCAGAAGAAUGCCAAGGAGGAGCGAUAUCGGGCCAUCGAGAAGGUGCGCGAGCGCGAGAGCCUCUUCAACGAGUACAUCGUGGACGUACGCCGUCGGGAGAAGGAGGACAAGCAACUAAAAAAAGAACAGCCACUAGCUACUGCUACUACUAGCUACAGAUUACAGCACAAAUGCACCACCACUCAAAAAAAAACAUCACCAAAAACCACCAUCACACAAAACGACAGCAACAUCAAGAACAACAACAACAACAACAAUCUUCAACAACAUCUUCGUCGUCAUCGCACCACGCACACCACGCUCGCAAUCUGUGUGAUUCGCAAGGACUUUCUCGAUAUGCUGCGGGAGCGGCACGACAUUGAGCGCCAUACGCGUUGGUAUGACAUCAAGAAGAAGCUGGAAUCGGAUCCGCGCUACCGGAUAGUCGACUCAAUGUAUCGGGAGGAGUACUUCGAGGAUUAUCUCCACAUAAUGAAGGAGGAGAAGCGCAAGGAGCGUGAGCAGCGGGAACAGCGGGAGAGGGAGCGUCAUCGGGAACGUAAAUCCGAUCGCAAGGACAAGGAUAAGGACAAGGACAAGGAGAAGAGCCGCAAGGAUCGUGGCCGUAGUCGCUCCAAGGACAAGGACCGUGAGCGUAAAUCCUCCAAGGACAAAGACAAGGAGAAGGAUAAGAGCAAGUCGGAGAAGAGCAAAAAACGAGAUUCCCCCGAGGAGGGCGAACACCAUGACGAGUCGGAGCGCGAGGAGCGGGCUGGCAGCGAUGACAGCGAAGUGGCCCGCCAGCGGGAGAGCGAGGCCGAACAAAAGCAAAAGGAGCGCGAAAAGAAGCUUCGGGCAGAGCAGAGUAUUCGGGAAAGGGAGAAGGAGGUGCAGCGCACCCUGGCCGGUCAUCUGCGUGAUCGGGACAAGGAGCGUGAGCACCACAAGCGGGACGAAAGCAUUGGACACUUUACGGCCCUGCUGACGGAUCUCGUGAGGACGGCAGACUUCACCUGGAAGGAGGUGAAGCGACAGCUGCGCAAGGAUCAUCGAUGGGAGCAGAUCGAGCCACUCGAUCGAGAUGAUCGUGAGAGAAUCUUCAAUGUACACAUUGACAAUCUGAUGAAGAAGAAACGCGAGAGAUUCCGCGAAAUGCUCGACGAGAUCAGCACCCUACAGCUGACGAGCACUUGGAAGGAGAUCAAGAAGUUGGUUAAAGAAGAUCCGCGGUAUCUCAAGUACAAUUCGGAGAAGGGGGAGCGCGAGUUUAAGGAUUACAUCAAGGACAAAACGCUGCAAGCGAAGACGGCGCUGCGUGAGCUCUUGCAAGAGUGCAAAUUCAUUACCCACAAGAGCAGCGAUCUCAUCAAGGAAAAUGCCAAUCAUCUCAAGGAAAUACAAGAUAUACUCAAGAACGAUAAGCGCUACUUGGUGCUCGACCACUUGGAGGAGGAGCGGAACGUUAUUGUUGUGGGGUUUGUGGAAGAGCUGAACAAACGUGGACCACCGCCCCCACCCACAGCCUCCGAAUCAACGCGUCGCAACAAAUAGUGGCACUAUGGGCCUCCCCCAAAACCCAUCAGCCCUUUACCCCCAACACCCUAAAAACAACGCCCAAACGCUAAGCUCUUUAUUCAAUUUAAUCUAUUAAAUUAAAUUAUUUUAGUCCUGUGUAGCUUCUAAUAUUUUAAUUAUUUACAAAUGAAUAAAACGUACACCAUCCACACAACAAAAA